GGCUGCGAGGGCUGGAUCCGAGUGUUGUGAGAGUGUGUACGGGGCACGUUGUCUAGGGGAACAGGUGCAAAGACAGUGUGCCCGAGGUUGUGUUGGGUACAGGAAUUGUCCCGGAGCUGCGAGCUCGGCGGUGGGCCUCAGGGCCCUUGCCGGAGCUGUGCAGGUUACACUGGCAGCGAAGAUGCCGGCUCGUUGCGCGGUGGCCCGCAGGUCGCGGCGGGGUGUUCGGCCCCCGUGGGCAAGGAGAUGGGGUGCAAGGAUGUCCCGCGGCUGUGGAGUAAGACGCCGGGCGAAGUCUUCAGUGCGGCGGAUGCGCUGUGCAAGCAUAGAGAGGCUGCAGGAUGAUCGGCGGCCUUUGGGGAGGAGGCGAGCUACGGAACCCGCGGUGCCCCUUGGGAUGAACAAGGCCUUUGGGGCACCUGGGACUGCAGCAAUGGACCUUGGGGCAGUGUGGGUGAACGGGGCUGUGGGCGAGCCCGAGGUGAUUGGGCCUGCUGGGUCUGUGUGGGUGACCAGAUCUGGAAAGGAGGAGCCAGAUGAUAGUAGUCCACCAAGCUGUGAGAGAAAAGGUCGACCAGGAACACUUGGCCAUGAGAGCAUCCUGGAAUUGUGGUUGAAGGUGCAGGCUAUGAGGGUAGCUUCAGGGUGCUGGGAAGGAAGCAGAGUGGAGCUCCAUCCGAUUCCUGAGGGAGAGGGGCCAGUAGAAAGGGGUGUUCCUGGGCGAGCUUCCUGGGUAGAGACCAGCCGAGGUGGUGUCACAGGACCCUGGGUGAGAGGACAUGCUAGGCCAUUCCCCCGGACCUCAGGAUUACCCUCAUCUAGGGGAAUAGGGGCACGUCGUGAGAGCCUCUCCUUCUGUAGACAGAGACAAGCUGGAAAGAUGCCUCCUGCUGUGGGUGGACCUGGGGUAGUGGAGAAGAUAGGCUGCGCUUCCUCGGGCCCUUGGGAAGAAAGACAAACUGUGGGGUUACCUGUGGCCAUUGGUUGGUCUGAGGCAGUGAAAAGGACCCGACCUGGAGAACUGAGGGAACGUGGGGGCAACCUAGGUCCAUGUCGGGGAGGGCAGUCUGGGCAGGUUUCUGGGGCUCUGUCAGAAGAAGCUGUGUAUGGGUAUAAGUUAUGGGACAGAGAGCAAAUUGUAGGGCCCCCUGAUACCUUGAUGGUACUAGCCAGGGCUAUGGAAGAUGAAACUACCUCUCAGGGGGCCCCGGGGUUGUGGCAAAGUGGACAAGAGGUGGAAGAUGUAGGCUCUAGGGGUAUUCCUGGCCUGGGGGCCAUGGGACAGACUUUAGGAGUGCCUUGUGUUGGAGAAGAGGGAGCUAGAUGUGGAGGUGACUCAGAGUCAUGGGGAGCUGCACAGGCUGUAGAGCUGUCUGCUUCUGAGGAGCUAGAGGCAGGUUCUCAUGGUGCCCAGGGCCUGUGGGGUAUAGAGCAGGCAAUGGCAGCACCCAGGGCUUUGGGAGAGGAGACAGAUGAAUCAAGUGUUCCAGGACUGUGGGGAACAGGACAGCUCCCGGGCUGGCAGCCUGUGGUGGUAUCAGGAGGCAGGGGAGGAGAAGCAGGCUAUGAUGUUUCAGGCCUAUGGGAGAAUCAGCAGGCUGUUGGGGCCCCUCUGGCUGAGGCAUUAUCAGGGGCAGUUAUGGAGGAGACACACAGUGGGAAUCCAAGCCUGCAGGAAAGAAGGCAGGUGAUGAGGCAGCACGAGACCCAGGGGCCUGAAGCUUUAGGGAUACCUGGGGCUGUUAAUCAGGAUGCCAGUUGUGGAGCUCUGUCAUGUCCAUGUGGGAGGAGACAGGCUGUGGGGGUGUUUGAGACAGUUGUGAUGCCAAAACACAGGUAUACCACAGAAAGAGCACCAUCAGCUCUGGGUGUACCUGCUGCCUUGUGGGUGUAUCAGGAAAGCAGCCCUACUGAUACCUUGAACCUGCAGGGAAGGACUCAUGAUGCCUCUGGGAGGCCCAUGGUUCCUGAGGAGUGCUCAUCUGUGGUAGAGGAUACUGAGUCUAGGACUCUCUUGGGUUCUUGGGGAAGGAGACAAGCUGGUGGGGUUCCCAUGGUUCCUGAGAUACCUGGUUCUCUGGAGGUAGAGGCUGGAUCCAGAGGUUUCUCAGGCUUGUCAGGAAGGAGACUAACUGUAGGUAUACCUGUGACUGCAGGGGUAUCCUCUGCAGGUAUGGGCGUGGCUGCCAGGACAUCUAGUUCUGUGUGGGAGCAUAUUAGCUCUAGAAGAGACUCAGACUCAGCAGAAGGUAGGCCACCAAUAGGGAUAUCCAUGACUGUGGGGCACCCUGAGGCCACGGGGGAUGAGGCACUAGCUGAGGACUUACAAAGAAGACAAUCUGCCUCGAUACCUGUGGCUGCUAGAAUUGCCACAGCUGUGGGAGAGCCCACAGCUUCUGGGCUCUUCGGGCCUCACAGGGCAGGGGAUAGUGCCUGUGGAGAAUGCUUGGGGAUAUGGCAAAGAAGACAAAUAGCUGAUUUGCCAACUACCGCCAGAGUCCCUAAACCUGAGAUGGAAGCAGGCUCUGAAGGUGUCUCUGAUCUGUGGAGGGGACACAGUGGGACAGUUCCUGAGGUAGUGAGGGGGCCAUUGCAUCAGGGGAUGCUUGCAGCUGUUGGGGUCAGACCUGUUCCUGCUGCAGUGUGGGUGACUGGCUGCCCUGGAGAGGAGGCAAAUGGAGGUGUUUCUGAUGGGACAGUGAUUAGGAGACAGCCCACUGAGGAAGUAAGGGAGUCAGGAGAGGAAACAGAGAGUAGAGGGAUCCUGGGACUUUCAGGGAGGGACCAGGUUGUGGGGAUGUCUUACCCCCAUGAGCUUGGUGCCAGGAUGUGGGGCAGUCCAAGAUCUGUGGGGAAGGAAGCAGCCUCUGAGAAUAUUCCCACAGUAUCUGCAAUGAGGACAGCUGUGCCUUCAGUUUCAAGGGAGGAAAUAGACCUGGGCCAUUUCAGAGAUAAUCUGCUGGGGAAUGGGGGCAGAGCUGUGGGAGGAGUUCCUGAAGCUAGAGUGAGAGCAAAGGAUUUGGGAGAGAGGAGAGAGGGUGGAUUGAGGGGCACCUUCCAGUAGCUAUGUGGAAAGCAAAUUGGAAAUUGUCCUGGGAUUCUGGGAGGGAAGAGGUUGGGGAAUGGGUUGUCUUGGGUAUAAGUGAAAGAACAGAUUAGUGUAGGGACCUUAUGGUUCCUGGAGAGAUACUUUGUGGCAGUGUCACACAAUGUGCCGGGAAACUAACUGGGAGACAUCUGGAAAGAUUGGGAAUGCAUUGCAAGGAGAGGGCUAUCCCAGGACUUUGUAUAGUGGGAUCGUGGGGUGGGUGUCCCUGGACUUGUGUGUGUGUGUGUGUGUGUGUGUGUGUGUGUGUGUGAGAUGACUUAAGGUGUACAGCCCCAACUCUGCAGCUCAUUCUGUGGCCUCAGCUCUAGCCCUGUGAUACUGGCAGGCCAGCUGCCAUUGCCUUACUUGUGUGCCUCCUAUCUGCCACUUGGAUCACGUCUCUGUAAUCUUAGAAACAAGGAGUCGUGUACAGCUGUCCUAUGUUUCUACAAAUGCGUCUGCCUUUAAGAGGAUCUAGUCCAAAUUCUGGAUUUUUUUUUUUUUUUUU